CCCCCUCCUGGCUGAUUUAUUAAAUGGCCGAAUAUUUUAAUUAUUUUAUGAAAUAAUUUGUUAGCCUGUCAUGUUUUAAUUUCCUUGACAUUUUUGUUAAAUUUUUUCCAUACCAUAUAAAUAUUAGAUUGAAAAUUCUGCUUUUUUGCAAUACCCUCAAAUUUUUUAAGAAAUGGAACAAAAUUUUACUAUGUAAAUCAGAAAUCCCAGAUUUCAUAAAAUACAGAGAGAACCUCGAUUUCACCAAACCUUGAUUUUUGUUCAAAACCCCAUUCGCCAAUCACAAACCCUAGAUUUAUUCUCUUCAAAAUUCUUUUUUUUUUAAACCCAAGUUUCUUUUAUACAAUCACUUUGAUCUGUGCGUUUGAAGAUUCGAUUCUGCUUCUACACUAAAUUGUCACUUGUUUUUCGAAAAUAGAUUUUUUUGAUUUUGCUUUCUUUAUUGCCCACUUCUGUUUUUUUGUUUCUGGGAUAAUUGAGAAUAAUUUGGCUGCACAGAGCUUUGAUUUCAGUGAAAACUAGGGGUCCCUCAGUUGUUUGGGGCCAAUUUGGUGAACUGGGCCUAAACUAUUUCGCUAUUUUGCCCAUUUUUUGGAUGUUGAUUUAGGCUAUUAUUUCGAUAGCUUAUUCAAGAAACGAGUGCUUGGGCAAUUUGGAGAACUGGGUCUUCAUCAUUUUCCGUUUUUAACCUAUAAUCACUUGGUGGAUUCAUAAUAUGGGUUGAUAGUGAUAUUGGAGGAACCAGUGCCUUUUUUUUUUUUUUCGGUUAGAAGGAAAUGAGAUGAGGAGGGUAUUGUUUAGUGUGAGGUUUAAGGAGAGACGAUGACUGGAGGGUCAUUGGGGAUUCGCUCUGGAAGUUAUGGAUCAUUGGAGAAGCAUUUUCAACAUCAGCAGAACGGUGGUGGUGUUCACUUGCCUAUCCAAACUACAAGCCGGACUAAACCUGCCAAGAUGGUCAAGUACAAGGAGAGACUCUUUCAUUGGAUCUGCAAGUUCGCCGGCCGCAAAAAGGUUGGAAUGCUGUUCCUCUGUAUCAUCUCCGCUGCCGUUUUCGUAUGGGUUUUGUAUGUAGGAAAAGGUGAAGAUUCACAGGAAGGUGAUAAUGUCCCAAACUUUAGCCUUAAUAGCACUGUGCCCUUUGGCAAUCCAGCAAAUGAGACUCAUAUAGUUAAGAAGUUCGCUUUGCCUCCACCACCUCCUCCUCCUCCCCUUCUCCCUCAUCCUCCUCCCAAAUAUUUUUUGGGCUACACUCUUCCUCCUGGGCAUCCCUGUAAUAGCUUCACUUUACCUCCCCCACCAGCUGAUAAAAAAAGAACUGGGCCACGACCAUGUCCUGUGUGCUACCUUCCUGUGGAAGAAGCGAUUGCUUUGAUGCCAAAGUUCCCAUCAUUUUCUCCUAUAGUUAAUAACUUGACAUAUAUCUAUGAGGAUCCACUAAGUAGAGAUGGAGAAUUUGGCGGCUCAGAAUUCGGUGGGUAUCCUACUCUAAAGCAGAGAAGUGACUCUUAUGAUAUUAGAGAGUCGAUGAGUGUGCACUGUGGAUUUGUCAGAGGGAAAAGACCUGGCCACUAUACAGGAUUUGACAUGGAUGAAAUUGACCUGGCUGCAAUGGAGCAGUGCCAUGGGGUUGUUGUUGCUUCAGCAAUAUUUGGAGCCUUUGAUGAAAUUCAACAGCCGACUAAUAUCAGCGAAUACUCCAAGAAGACUGUCUGCUUCUUUAUGUUUGUUGAUGAAGAAACAGAAGCAUAUUUGAAGAAGAAUAGUGGUCUAGACAGCAGCCGGAAGAUUGGGAUUUGGAGAAUUGUUGUUGUUCGUAAUCUUCCUUACAAAGAUGGGAGACGCAAUGGGAAAGUACCAAAGCUUCUAGUGCAUAGGAUGUUUCCAAAUGCUCGCUUUUCCUUAUGGAUUGAUGGGAAACUUGAACUUGUUGUGGAUCCAUACCAAAUUCUUGAAAGGCACUUGUGGAGAAAAAAUGCUACUCUUGCAAUUUCUAGACAUUAUAAGCGAUUUGAUGUGUUUCUGGAAGCUGAGGCAAAUAAAGCAGCUGGGAAGUAUGAUAAUGCCUCCAUUGACUUUCAGAUUGAUUUUUAUAAGAAGGAGGGUUUGACUCCAUAUUCAGUGGCCAAGCUUCCUAUUAGAAGUGAUGUUCCUGAAGGAUGUGUUAUAAUAAGGGAGCAUGUUCCCAUUAGCAACCUCUUUACUUGCCUUUGGUUCAACGAAGUUGACCGCUUUACUUCAAGGGACCAAAUCAGCUUUUCCACAGUAAGAGAUAAGAUUCGGGCAAAGACAAAUUGGACUGUGAACAUGUUCAUGGACUGUGAAAGGCGCAACUUUGUAGUUCAGAAGUACCAUAGAGAUGUUUUAGAGCACAUGGCUCCUCCUCCUCCUGCUGUAUAUCCACCACCACUGCCCCCUGUUUUGGUGCAUGAACCACCAAUUAAAACAGCACUGGAAACUUCUGCUGAAAGGGUUGCAAGUAUUCCGGUUCGGAGGGCAAGGCGAGGGAGGAAGUCUAACUCUAGGCACCAUCGCAAAGUUGUUGCUGGUGGCAGGGACACCGAUUCAAGUUAAAGUUUUGUUCAGGAAAGUAGUCAUUUUUCCCCCCCUUAAAAAUCAUUCUUUGCAGGGAUGGAAUAUUUGUGCAAGAUGAGUGUUGUAGUUCUGUUACCACAGAGGACACUGUCUCUCAUUCUUUUUCUUUUUGUUUUCCUAGUUUUGAAUUCUCCUUUUUUUAUUCAUUUUUUGUUGUGUAUAUAUAUAUUUAUAAUUUCCAAUAAUUAUAUUGUGGGUUGCUAUCCUGAAAUGUAGUAACCCAUUUUGUUGUUCAUUUUUAUAACGAGGUUGUAUUGGAUCAGUUAUUUAAUAGAAAUAUUUAUGUCUCUUCUUAA